AUGACUGGUCCGAGUGGUGCUCAAUUUAUUGCUGGCCAAUUUGCCGGGCCCGACGCGGGAGUCACCUUGACGUCCUCGGGCCCUCCAGAGCUCAGCAACCUGUUGCCCUUCGCGACUCCGCUUGACGAGACCCACGACCGUAACGAACGAACAUACACGACAUCUCUGCAGCAACGUCAGCAGCAGGCUGCCGAGUUCUAUCGCUCCCAGCACAACCACUCGCGAGUCUCGAGUUCGUCUGGCAGUCAAACCACCCUCAGGCGCACCCCCAACUUCGAAGACCUCUCCAGGGCCAGGUCCGCAUCAAUUGAACCCCCUGCACCCGAUCCACCACCACAGCCACGCGGUGUACGUUUCGCGCCCACUCCCGCCGAACAAUUACGCUCUCCACCCCAUCCCGCCCUACGGAUCUCGCGCAGGACUGCAUCUGCCAUACAUUGGGUGUUGGAGGAGGCCAUCCGCGUUCCUGUUCCCUUCACCCCGGUGCUCGAGGAAGAGAACGCGCAAAUGUCAGACCUGACGGGAGGCGGCAACGGCAACGGCAACGGCAACGGCCGCGCUGCCAAUGGCAGUGCGCGCACCACGGCCGGUCCCGUGCCUGUCUCUCAAUCGGACCGUUCCAAUAUCCGCACUCCCCAGAUGAUCAUGAACCAACGGCGCGAACGCGAAGCGGCGCGCCGCCGAGAGACCGAGGCGGACGCUGCCCGCGUCGCCGAGGAACAGCGCAAAGCAGAAGAGGAGCGCAGGCGGAGUGCGGAACGUAGAGCUCAGGCUAUUAGCGUAGCUGGCGCACCCGCGCCUACCGACAAUGCCGGUGCUCCCAGGAGGGCUGCACAGAGCGCGCCCUUGCAACCUGGCGAAAGUCAAUACUCACAAUACCCCCCUACGUCGGGGCCAGGAGUGCCGAGACAGCCAGAGAGACAGGUGCCUCCUCAGUCUGGCGGCCCUGUGAAUCCGCCCACCUCGAGUCAACAUCCAGACACAACGUCAGGUGCACAGUACGGCCGACCUAGGGCUCGCUCACAAACUCAGCAACAAUCCCAAUCUGCGCCCGGAUUUCAAAACAAUCCAGGAGCCUCCGACUCAAGAAGGCCACCUCCUACCCAGCAUGCAAGACGUCCGUCCGCGCAAGCUGGCUCAUCUCAGGCUGGCCCUUCGACAGUCCCACCUGCGCCGGGUCUACCACCUGCUGGCUCGUUAGCUGGAUCUCAGCAGCGCGGAUCGACCACAUCGACAUUUCCCCAUGCCUUUGAGCGGUGGGAGAAUCUAUCGUCGCACUGGGAAGGCCUGACUUCGUACUGGAUUCGCAAACUGGAGCAGAAUGCGGAAGAGGUUCGCAGAGACGCCCUGUCCCAGCAGAUGUCGCGCCAGAUCACAGACCUUUCCGCUGCUGGCGCGAAUCUGUUCCACGCGGUGGUCGAACUGCAACGUCUGCGUGCAUCUUCAGAACGUAAGUUCCAGAGAUGGUUCUACGAGCACCGGCAGGAUCAGGAGCGGGCGCAGGAGAGAGAGGCACAGUUGGACCACACCAUCAGGGUGGAACGUGAAGCUCGUGCCAACGCCGUGACAGACAUGGAGCGCAUGGCCACAGAGAAGAAGAAUGCCGAGCGCAUGGUGGCUGAGAUGAAACGAGAGCUUCAAAUAUCGAAAGAGGAAGCCCGCAGAGCAUGGGAAGAGUUGGGACGUCGGGAACAGGAAGAGCGCGAUCGCACCUUCUCCCUACGGGAAGGCCAACCGACCUUGGUAGGAGGUGUGCAGGUCGUUCCGAUGGCGGCACAAGGGAUCGGCCGGCAGGAUAGUGUAUCACAGCGGCAACAAGGCGGCGACGACAGUUUUGCGGUGGGCCAACUGAUCGAAGGCCAGUAUUCCUACGAGGAGGGCCAUUCGCCAACAGACACCGACCCCUUCACUGAGGGAGCACGCCGUGGCACGCCUCAAAGAUUUGAACCCGAGCAUUCAUCACUCGCCCAAGGGGCAUACGUUCCCAGUGGCGCAUCGGCAAGCACCCGUCCUGGUGCAACCUCGCAACCAACCGAACAGGCUCAAGCACCCGCUCCGUCGCACCCUGAGCAUCCAACUUCAACUGCUGGACAACAGGCUCCUAUUGUAUCCACGUCCAGACCGGAGGCAUUCUAUCAGCAACCUGAAGCCUACCUGCACCGAGAGAGUGUCGCCAGUGUUCCCGAGGAUGUGCGGUCGUACGUGACGUCACAGCCAUCAGAGAUCUCUGACCCUGAUGAGGAAUAUGCCUACGAUCACAAUGGCAACUACAUACUGGAUGAAUCCGGGCACCGCAUUCCAUUCAGGGAUCUCCGCGAGCGAGACUCAGACGAGUACGAUGUGCAAGAAGAUCGUCGCCGCGAGCUUGAGCAUCUUCAACGGUAUGGCACAGCUCCCCAGGGUACCAGCAGCUAUGCAACCACCUCAAGCGCCGGCCCUUCUCAUCCACAAUCGUACCCCACUGCGAACGCCCCCGACUAUAGUGGCGAAGGUUACGGCGAAGAAUGGGAAGGGAUGCGACACCAUCAUCCAACUCGAUUGAGCGACGUCCUGGAAGAGGAUGAGCGCAGUCGAACAUCUCCGAGCAGAGCCAGUCAGGCCUCUCGGGGAAUAUUCUGAUUGAAGUGAUCACUUCACAUGAAUUCAUUUCAUGGAGCAACUCAAUGCAGAAGGAUUCCUCGGUUUCGAUUUCGAUUUCAGUCGUCCAGCUACUUCGGUUCCCGCCGUAGCUUGUAUUGUUUUUCCAAUACC